CAACGAUAUUCAGUCCAAAUCGUAGAAUUUCUUACAUCUACUACAAAUUUUCCAAUUAAAUUUUUAAAGUAAACAUUUUUUAACAUUUAUUUAUUACGAUAAAGAUGUCAGACUACGGAGCACGCCCCAAAAAACCCAUGAGCGCCUUCAUGUUGUGGAUGAAUUCCACCGGGCGCAAGAACAUAAGAGCGGAGCAUCCCGAUUUUAGUGUCCAAGAAGUGUCUGUGAAGGGCGGUGAGAUGUGGCGAGCCAUGGCCGAUGAGCACAAGAUCGUGUGGCAGGAGUCGGCCAGCAAGGCAAUGGCCGAGUACAAGGAGAAGUUGGAGAAGUGGAAUGCCUUCAAGGAGCACCAGACGGAGUCGUUUCCCCAUAUCUAUGAAGCUCCGUUGUCCUCUCGAUUCUCAAAAACUAACCAAAGGCCAACCCUUUUUGUGUACGACAGCAAGGAUGAAGCAAUGGCUCCGAUCUGCAGGACGUGCUUCUCAAAGGCCAAGUGCUUUCACUAAACGUUUGCUAAAUUAUUGUUUAGUCACAAACAACCAGCAAAAGUUGCGAGAUGUUGUUCAAUAAAUUUAAAUAUUUAUAUUC